AUGAGAUACAAAAUAUUAAUCCUGUUACUAUUGGUUUUAAUGUCUCUAUGUGCCCUGUAUAGAGAAUACCAUUUCAGUAUGAAGAAACUGCAGAUGACAUAUCAGUGCUGGUCUCUGGAAAACCAGCCAGAACCACAGCUGCCGACAAACUGGUUCAAUUCCACCACGAACUCAACACACAUGCGCAUGAGAACUACCAACUGGUCAGCUCCGAUUGUGUGGACCGACACGUACAAUGAGUCAGCCUUGAAAAAGUAUUAUAAAAAGCAUCCGGUUGCUGUGGGGCUGGUUGUGUUUGCAGUGGGGAGAUACCUUGGGUACUACUUGGGUAACUUUCUGAUAUCUGCUAAUACGUUCUUCAUGGUCGACCAAAGGGUCAUCAUUUACGUCAUGUUGGACGACUUUUCCUAUAUGCCACUGAUAAGUCUGAAUCGUCUCCGGACGUAUAAAAUUUUUAAAGUUAAGCGAGAGAGGAGGUGGCAGGACAUCAGUAUGAUGCGCAUGAAGACCAUCAGUGAACACAUCGCUGAUCACAUCCAGCAUGAAGUGGACUACGUCUUCUGCAUGGAUGUGGAUCAAAUAUUCAAAGGCAGCUACGGUCUGGAGACCCUGGGCGAGUCCGUAGCUCAGUUACACACCUACUGGUAUAAGGAAAGUCCGAACAAGGUGCCUUAUGAGAGGAAUGAGGCAUCAGAAGCUUACAUACCACUGGGGCAGGGGGAUUUUUAUUACCAUGCUGCUGUUUUUGGAGGCACAGUCACUCAGGUUCUCAAGAUUACUAAGGAGUGUGCCCAAAGAAUUAUGAACGAUAAGAAAAAUAAUAUUGAAGCAGUCUGGCAUGACGAAAGCCACUUGAAUAAGUAUUUCUUUCUCCAUAAACCCACGAAAAUCUUGUCACCAGAAUUUUGCUGGGAUUUACGUAAGGAUAAGACUCCUGAUAUUGAGGCUGUUAAGCUCUCUUGGAAUUCUAAGCAUUAUGAAUUUCUUAGAGAGGAAGUAUAG